AUGAGUCUUCCACCUUCCGAUCAACCUCACACUUCCCUCUCAACACAUCUUGCAGAAGAAACUCUUCAUCAAACCCGAUGGCUUCGAUUGAAAAAACUCUCCUACAUGGAUGAGAGUCAAGUCAAGAGAGAGUGGGAUUGUGUGGAAAGAACAACUCGAUCGGGUGAAAUUGAUGGCGUUGAUAUCAUUGCCACUAUGAUUCCUUUGGAGGAAACUGAAAAACAUGUGGUUUUAAUCUCUCAAUAUCGACCUCCGAUGAGAGCCUAUUGUAUUGAAUUUCCAGCUGGGUUAUGUGACUCGGGAGAAAGUGCAGAACAAGCUGCCGAAAGGGAAUUGCUCGAAGAGACUGGACUGAAAAUUUGUAAAAUUUCACGAGUGUCCUCUAUUGUAGGAUUAGAAGUUGGAAUGACGAAUGCCAAUUGUCGAAUUGUGUGUUGUGAGGUUGAGCCAAUUAAAAUUUCAGAAAGACCUAAACAACAAUUAGAAGAUGAAGAACAUAUCACCAUUCACCUCGUAAAAUUAUCAAAAUUAUUUGACGUUUUGGAAGAAAUGACCAAAAAUCAUGGAUUCAUCAUUGAUGCAAAAGUAUGGACCUAUGCCUUUGGUAUUAGCAAUAUUCAUUAA